UGUUUUUUAGAUAAAUUAAUACCAUCGUUAUUGAUCUGAUUUCUUUUUUUUCUCAACAGGUGGUUAGAAAUGCGUGAGUGUGACAGUGAAAGCAUAGUAAUAAUAAAGAUAGGCUGAGUGAAAAGAAAAAUAAUCAGGGGGUUGGUUAGAACUGAGUGCAGUUCAGUGGUAAUGAAGCAGCUUCCUGAUUAAGAAACAGAAAUUAUUUCCACGUCUCGAGUGUGCACAAAGGAUCAUACAGCCCUAUAGUCCUACUUACAGAACAGUUUAGGGGGGAAGCAACACCUUGAUAUCAUCCACGUGGUGAAUGGUGAUUAAUGAGGAUGCAAAUAUCUGUGACGUGGAGCAGCACUGUGUGGAAAUAACAUCUCAAUCAUUCCUCAUGUCCUCAUCAUUUUCUUGAGCGCUGGAGUAGAGUAAACACUAAGCGGCUGAAGACGAACAGAAAGCCAUGCUUGGUAAGACACAUGUAGAUGUGCAUGUAAUGUAAUGUUUAGGGGAUUUCCUGCUGGUACUGACUGGGAUUUCUCUCCUGCUCUGAAUAAUCGAGGACGCGGAGGCAGUGCGGAGGAGAGAAGCUGGUGCUUUGCCCAAGUGAAGGGUCCAACUGAAGUGAACGCAGCUGAAGCUGACAUCAUCUCUACGGUUGAGUUCAACUCAACAGGGGAGCUCUUGGCCACUGGGGACAAGGGAGGACGUGUGGUGGUUUUCCAGAGGGAGCAGGAGAGUAAGAACCAGCCUCAAAGGAGAGGCGAGUACAACGUUUACAGCACAUUUCAGAGCCACGAGCCGGAGUUUGACUACCUGAAGAGUCUUGAGAUUGAGGAGAAGAUCAACAAAAUAAGAUGGCUGCCCCAGCAGAAUGCGGCUUACUUCCUUCUCUCCACCAAUGACAAAACUGUGAAGCUAUGGAAGAUCAGUGAGAGAGAUAAAAGACCAGAGGGCUACAAUCUGAAGGACGAUGAUGGGAGGAUCCGAGACCCUACCACCAUAACGUCACUACGGGUGCCCGUGCUGAGGCCAAUGGACCUCAUGGUGGAGGCGACGCCCAGAAGGGUUUUCUCCAACGGCCACACAUACCACAUCAACUCCAUCUCGGUUAACAGUGACUAUGAGACAUACAUGUCCACAGACGACCUUAGGAUCAACCUGUGGCACCUGGAGAUCACCAACAGAAGCUUCAACAUCGUGGACAUUAAGCCAGCCAACAUGGAGGAGCUGACCGAGGUGAUCACAGCAGCAGAGUUUCACCCUCACCAGUGCAACACGUUUGUCUACAGCAGCAGUAAAGGCUCUAUCCGUCUGUGUGACAUGAGGGCCGCUGCGCUCUGCGAUAACCACUCCAAGUUCUUCGAAGAGCCCGAGGACCCAAGCAACCGGUCCUUCUUUUCUGAAAUCAUCUCGUCGAUCUCCGAUGUCAAGUUCAGCCACAGCGGACGCUACCUGAUGACCCGGGAUUACCUGACGGUUAAGGUGUGGGACCUGAACAUGGAAAGCAAACCCCUGGAGACCUAUCAGGUACAUGACUACCUGAGGAGUAAACUCUGCUCCCUGUAUGAGAACGACUGCAUCUUUGACAAGUUCGAGUGUGUCUGGAACGGAUCAGACAGCAUGAUCAUGACCGGCUCGUACAACAACUUCUUCCGAAUGUUCGACCGCAAUACGAAACGGGACGUGACUCUGGAGGCGUCGCGAGAGAACAGCAAGCCGCGGGCCGUCCUGAAGCCACGCAAGGUGUGUGUGGGUGGGAAGCGGCGCAAGGACGAAAUCAGCGUCGACAGCCUGGACUUCAGCAAGAAAAUUCUGCACACCACCUGGCACCCCUCAGAGAACAUCAUCGCUGUAGCCGCCACUAACAACCUCUAUAUCUUCCAGGAUAAGGUCAACUAACACAGGCACAGCUUGGGUGGCCCCGCACGCACGCACGCGCACACACACACACACACACACACACACACACACACACACACACACACACACACGCGCACACACGCGCACACACACACACCCCCCAACAUGUACGCACAUAUAUACACACAGACAGGCAGACUGGAGUGCCUGAUCGCUGCAUGGGGCCAGUGUUUGGUUGCAGGAGCCAUGAUGCUGGUGGAAUGUGGACUUUUUGUGCUGAAGGAAGCGUGAGAUGGAGCAGGAUACAGACAGCAUGACCAGACCGAAAUUAAGGACGCAGGAAUGACGUGCACUGGAGAGUGUGAAUAAGAUGCGCCGUGCUAUUUUGCAUAACCCAUUCUACUAUCCUAUUUUCAUCACCGCAUCCACAUUUCCUCUCUUUCUCUCUUUAACACCCUUUAUUUAUUCUAUUUAUUUACUUCUCCAUUUGAACGAAAUGCCUGAUGUUUUAAAAUUGAAACAGGGCUGCAUUACAUGCAAUCUUUUAUUUGUAUUGUCAAGUUGAACAGAUCUGACUGUAAGGACGGUGUCAAUAAGCUUUGUGUGGUCUGUUUUUCAUUGGCUCUCGCAUCACUGCCCAGGCUUCUGACACCAAAGGGCAAACUAUAAUGAAACUGACGAAGGCCUAGACAGAAAGGACGCAGUACCGUUCCCUAAUGCCCUUCAUCCACUACACAACCGUCAAUGAAACUGAAAUGGACUUGAAUGUGGUCAUGCACACUGAUGCUAAGGCCAUAUACAAUCACUGGACAUGAUUAGAAUUCUUUGCUACCUGAUUCUUUGAGAACGCGGAGGUAUAAGUGGUCUGAAGUCAUCGACGUUGCUGUUUUAUUCGUCUUUUUAUGUUAACGUUUCAUUUAAUAAGCUGUGGUGCCUUCUUUUCGUAUGUGGACUUGAGAGCAGUUGGGAAGGGGGGUUUUUGGAUGGUGUGAUAUGUUGGUUUGUGGAACGUGACUGUUUUUUUUUUCCUUUCUUUUUUAUAAAAUGUGGACUGAAUAGCUUUGUGUAAGGAAAAAUGAAUGAAAGUGAUGUAUUCAAGUGUGCAAAAUGUAAGUACUUGAAUUUUGCAAAACAGGUCAUGAUUUAUGUAUGAAGUGUACAUCCCUGGAUUUGACUCGUGCAGUGUUCGGUGGAAGCUGUUAUUGCACUCGUGACGAAUUGCUCUAAUUAACUAAGAGAAUGUCUGCUCAGCAGAGUGCAAACUGCAGCAUGAAAUACUUUUGCCUCUUAUUCAAACAGCUCACAUGUUCCACUAUUGUGCAUUUCUUUGACAGCUAAUGCACCAUCCUACUUUUAAGUAUGUUUCAUGAUGUGGAAGAAAGCGAAAGGCCGGCGAAUAAUGUAGCCUAACUAGACAUGAAGAAUAUAUGAUAUCAGGGAAUUUUAGGUACAAGUCCUUUAAAAAAUUAAAAAAUAAAUAAAAGUAACAUCUAACCAAUUUCAGUUGUGAACUUGUUAAUGGAACAAAGUUUUAUAGCUCAGAAUGUAUUUAAAUGCAAUUGAAUGACAUGCAGUCUUUAUGCUUAAUGGAAUUUGUUGAAAUAAAAAAAUGAAAACGUG